UCCUCUGGGCAUGGGCGAGCCUCCGGGCAACAAGCACGCAGACCCCACGGAGCAGCCAGCGUCGCCCGCUUUAUCGUACUGUGACAGUUAUCAGUCGGACGUUUCGGCCAGACAUAGUCGUGUGGGGAGCGAUGCCUCUCCGAGACGAAUUGUGCGCCGUUUUAGUAACAAGUUGUUCGAUCGCCAGUCAUCGGUGCAGAGUGGACUAUCAUUUGAUAGCCGGCCCACUGGACAAAGCUGGCGACAACGUCGCCAUUCGCGCGGAUCGAAUGACGUUUUGGAUGUGGUGGAGGAGGAGAUGCGGUAUGAGGUCACCAUGCAGCAGAAAAGAUUUCCCCACAGCCCGAUAAACCCGCUGGCCGCGGAAGUCCUGCCGAAGCCAGAAGGGGUGAACCAGUAUUGUUGCGGAAACAAGAUCCGGAUCGGCACGCGCCGUGCUAUCAAGGUCAACAUGAGAAUCAAUGUGUUGGAAGUGUCAUCGAUCGAUGCGGUUCGGGAGCAAUUCACUGCCAUAUUCACUGUGCAGAUGUUUUAUGUCGAUCCGAUGUUGAAGAAUUUUCGAACCGAAGCCUACUACUACUCUGACGGCGAAGUCAAGGUGGAAAAAAAUUGCCAGGUGGUCGGGGCAUGGAAAUAUUCAACGACUGGUAAAACGACAAUCCUCUUGGAGAGUGGGCAGGAGAUAGAGGUGGCGCCCACGCUCAUACAGCACAUCAGGCAGCCGGAUUGGGACAGCGAUGAGAAGUUGUUCAAGCCCGCGUUCACUUUCGGAAACGCCACCACGAACGCGGAAGUCGUCGAGCACAUACGCAUGUUGGAGUAUUGCAGCGCCGUUGGAGGUCAUGUCUUCGAGAAGUACAAGUUCCAGGGCACGUUCACUGAAAGGCUCGAGCUGGCGGACAUGCCCUUCGACAAGCAGAUGCUGAGGAUACGCAUAUACGGCGAGGAGCCGAUCUGGCGCCAGCAGAUGGCACCGCUCAAGGAUGAGACGGUGCACGUAGAGGGAUGCAAGGUGCCGGCCGUGCGGUUGAUGGCGUGGAAGCUCGGCGACGACUCCUUCAGGUCCGUCCUCG